AUGCCAAAACCUCUAUCAACAAUUUCAACACUGUCUUUGAGCAGUGCAACACUAUUUUCUCAUUCUCCUGAAAUUUCUUCAAGUACCUUGCAGAUUACAACAGCAACCAGAUCAAGAAUUACAGCAACUUCCACUUGGUACCAGCCUGAGUCUGCACGCAUGGUCUCUCCUCUUUCACCUCUACCUGGCUCUAAGACUACAAAUGCCAUGAAAUCAACAACAAAACCUAAAAACAACACACACAGCUCUGUUACCAGGAAGCCUUCUGUAGAUGGUGCCAACUAUUCCAUACCACAAAUAGUUCCAGGACCAGAGUUGGAACCAACAUCCCAAUCUUCUUCCAACACUAGUGGACCAGAUUCUGAAUAUGCAGGGGAUUUACUUGCAGAACCAGUACCAGACUGGGAAGUGGCAAAAAGAGAGUGGAAGGCUGCAUGGGAAGUUCAUCUUUAUCUCUUUGGCAUCAUGUUUGCAAUUCUUGCCAUUUACUCUCUUGUGAGUAUAGUGCGCCUCUGGCAUAUCAAGCACCUGCUGAGUAAACAAUAUUUUAUUGUGCUCAAUCUUCUCAUCUUCGUCUUUUGCCUUCUUCGUACUCUCUUUCUGCUCAUUGAUGGCUACAACUCAAACCGUACAUUUCUGCCUGUGAUAGAAUACUUCCUGGUCAGCACUGGGUUCCCCUGCCUCACUUCAUCUUUCAGUAUCCUCUUCUAUGCAUUGCUGAAUGCUACCAAGGUACAAAUGCUCCCUGCCCAAAUUCAGCGCCUUCCUGUGCUGAUUUGCAUCAUCCUUUUUCAUUUCUUACUCUCUUUAUCACCAGACAUCCUCAUUGCCUUCUUCAUCAAUGUCCGCAUCCUCCUCUUCAUCUGUCAACUUUUCUUUGUACUCUGGGGUCUCUUUCUCUUCCUUGGAUACAUUUAUUCAUUCAGGAGUCUAUACAGUGCAGCCAAAAAACGCCAAAAGUCCCUGCUUCAGUUACGGCAAGCCAACAACCAGUGGGAGAAUAACUACUCUCCUGCAAAGGAACGUCUAACCCUUAGUCUUGGGAUAAAAGUGACACUGCUCUCUGCAAUCUUUGGAACUGUAUGUGCAUGUCUUCAGGCCUAUGCUGCAUUAGGGGUUUUUGGGGUUUUCUCUAAAGAGACACCUCAGCCUUGGCCAUGGUGGGGCUACCAAACUGGUAUUCGAUUCAUUGAAUUUCUAUUUUGUCUAACAAUGAUUUAUGUUGUAACACAACCAUUUAAAUACCACAGUAAAUAUGACUGUGAUUUCUGGUUCUACUUUUCCUCUUGUAUCCAACUUUGUCAGAUAAAGUCAGUAUGGAACACCAGCAAUGACCCUGGCUGGAAUGAACUGGAUGAUGCCAUCACCAACACCCUGAUCACAAAGAAUGGUGGGCGGAAGGAAAUCAAAGCAGCUGGUUAUGAAAUAAUUCCAUUGACCAUAACUCUUAGCACAGAUGCUGACCUCUCCAUACAGGACCCUUUGGAGAAUGAGUCAAUGCUGGUUGUUCAAGAUGGGUUUGUGCGUUUCCGAACGAAUGAAGAGCUGGAGCAACUACGCCGAAGCCCUAGGAUACCCAGGAUGGAUCUUACCGAUUCGAAACCUAUUCCUACAAAACCAAAAACUCUCCAGUGGGGAGAGAAUAGUAGGCGGGGCCACCAGAAUGGAGGUUUUCAAUCGGGAGAUACCUUACCUGGGCACAUGUCUCCGGAUUGUGUCUCAUCAUCAACGUCUCCAUCAUCUUCUCAAUGGAACCGCAUUAGCACAACAGGGAGCGACCUCACUUUCCGACCACCUUCCUUAAGUUUAGCUGAUAGUAUCGACAAAGAACUGGAGCAGUACUUCCGUCGGUCAAGUAUCUGCAGUGAAAGGUCUCUUUACAGUGUACACAGCACUUCAAUGCCAGGAGGUAUUGCAAUUGGUAGUAGUGAUAUAUCGGAUUCAAAUUCUGUUUUCCCCUCAGAGGGGAUCCCUUGUAGCAAUGGACCAACGGAUGGUGACUGUCUCCCUGACUUAGACCCUACUGUCUCCACAAAACAAGGAGUUAGAAAAGGAAAUGUGAGAGACAAGCUUGUAAACAAUGUACGUUACUUGUCCCUUGAUGACUUGGAAAAAUAUCCGCAAAAUUCUUCCUGUGGUAUUCGAUGGAAAGCUGAUAGUGAUGUAUAA